CGUCAGUCGGUAAGCAGAAACCGUCUCGACCAUACGACUAUGGCAUCACGGAGCCAAUGUCGUCUUCGCGUUAUCCUUUGUAGUGAUCGCACAGUUAGCCCGUCUAAAUGGCACGCGGUUGUAUGUGAUUAAUGUUACAGAGCCACACGUAUAAAAAUAAAUGUUAGAUGAACGCGCUGACUUUUAGAAAAAGUUUCCGAUUUCCGGCACCGGAACACUCGCUAAGUGUGCAAAUAAAAUGAAUUAACAAAUGAAGUGAACAAAGGAGGGAUUGUAAAGCUGGAAGGGAGGCGUUGAAACCCCGAUGUAGUCGAGGCCGGCACAAUGGAUCACUGGGUGACGGCGGCGAGCUCCCUGUUGGCGGUCCUGCUGUACUACAACACGCUGGAUGCCGGUUUUGUUUAUGAUGACAGGCGGGCGAUCCUUUCCAACCCAGAUGUCAUCGGGCACACUCCAAUAAAAGCUUUAUUUGAAAAUGAUUUUUGGGGAACGCCGCUCACCGACCCUGGAUCGCAUGGCUCGUAUCGACCUUUGUGCGUCGCCACAUAUCGCCUAAACUACGUAUUUAGUGGGUUCAAGCCGUGGAGUUAUCAUUUUCUCAAUAUCCUGUUCCAUUCAAUAGCGACGGCGCUCGUAGUAACGACCGCGCGCCGGUUAUUGCCACCUCACUGUAUAAAAGUCGGGACGGCGGUCGCCGGCUUGAGUUUCGCAGCUCACCCUAUACACACUGAAGCCGUCGCGGGCGUGGUCGGAAGAGCUGAUUUGGCCGCUUGCAACUUUUUCCUUCUCAGUUUUUUGCUCUACAGCGAACAUGUUCGACUACGGAUUAGGAGUCAGAAAAAACAAUGUCGACAUUUCAUUAAAAACGCAAUUCGUCACAGAUUGACAGUCAGCGACCAAAACUUUAGACUGAGCUGCCAUGGGCUAAUGCAACAGAUACUGAUGAACGUGCGAAGACUUCUAAAAGCGAGUGAAGCGGGACCUUUGAAAAUGUUGAACGCUUGUGAGGUGGGGACUGGAGAAGUGAAACUUAAUAAGUGUCAGUGCACCGGUAGUGUAAGUGAAGAUUCGGGUGAACUUUUGCAAUGGUGUACAUUAGCAGGGACACUAUUAUUUGCUACCGCGGCCACUCUUUGCAAAGAGCCGGCGAUAAUGGUAGUGCCGCUCUGCAUAUUUUACGAUUUCCUAAAAGACACCCGAGAAGAGGAAUCCUAUUCGAAGUAUCGAUGGCGAAGCAUCUGCGCGCUAAGCUCAGGAGGCUUCGUACUUCUGUACUGGAGGCUGAGACUAGCCGGAGCACCCGCCACCUUUGCCUCAGCAGAUAAUCCCGCUUCUCGGGAUCCAUCCUUACUUACGAGAUUUUAUACCUUUACCUACCUCCCAGUUUUUAAUUUUUUUCUCCUAGUAUACCCUUUUCAAUUAAGUUUCGACUGGUCUAUGGAUUCCAUACCACGAAUUACGACAAUAUUCGACCUUAGAAAUAUUUACUCACUAGUUUUCUACGCUGUAAUAUCAAAAGUAACGUGGAAAGCCUUAUCCCACGAAUUGAGGAUACAGCAAGAGAGAAAAGAAAAGUAUUAUAAGAAACAAAACAAUAAAAUUAAACAGAAAUGGAACUAUAAUUGUAAACACUAUAACAGGAGACAGGAUUGCAGCGAAAGAAAAAGUAUUAUACCUCAUAAGGAAAACGCGUCGUCCAAGAGAACGAUGUGUCCGUGCAACGGCUGUAAACACACGCUCACAGAAGAGCACACAAACUUGUGUCGAGCUAUGAACAAUAAUAAUACAAUGAUGCAUCAUUCCAAUUGCGUUUGUCCUGUAGUGCAUGGGAAAUCCAAAAUCCAAAAUACGCCAAAGUUCGUGAACCGAAGCCCUCAAGUUGCGAUGUUAUUAUUCACGGCGUUUAUGGUGCUGCCUUUCGUGCCAGCUAGUAAUUUUCUCUUUUACGUGGGCUUCGUGGUGGCGGAGCGUGUUCUGUAUAUACCUAGUGUUGGAUUUUGCUUCUUACUCGGCUUGGGUGCGGGUACUUUCACGAGGAACUGGAAGCGCUGUGAAACCCGCAGUCGUAUAUUCAUGCUGGCUCUAUUGACGACGCUGCUCGUCAUGAGCUGUGCGACUUUACGACGGAAUCUAGACUGGCAUGAUGAAGAAAGUCUCUUCAGAAGUGCUCUACACAUCAAUCCACCUAAAGCGUACGGGAAUCUAGGAAGUGUGCUGACAACGCAAGGAAGAUUGCCCGAAGCGGAAAUAGCGUUCGAGAGAGCGCUCAAAUAUCGACCAAACAUGGCCGAUGUCCACUAUAAUCUGGGAAUCCUACAUCAAAACCAAAGACGAUACGGGGAAGCUAUCAAAAGUUUCGAGAGGGCAAUCUACUUUCGACCUUCUAUGGCAUUGGCAUAUGUAAAUCUGGGAACUUCGCUAAUGGCCGACGGUCGCUUGGCGGAAGCAGCGAGCGCGCUGCGAGCCGGCGCACGCGCAGACGGCGUCCGCAUCAGAGACAGACGCGAGCACGACGCAGCCCGGGUGUCCGCACUAGUGCAGCUAGCCUCCCUCCAUUCACAAAGGGGACACUGGCACAAGGCUCUCUCGGCUUACAAGGACGCACUGCAAAUAUUGCCCGACACGAAUGCGCCAAUUGUCGGCUGGACGCGACACAAUGUGUUAUCAAUGGCAAGUGAAAUACACAUGCAGCUGCAUCAGUGGCCGCAGGCGGAGCACAACAUCCUGUCUGCACUGGCGCUCGCCCCGAAACACGCAGCCACGCACGUGACGCUCGCACAGAUUUUAGCUAGAAAUGUAAGCAUUGCAAGUAGAAGUAUGGAGGCGGAGCUAUGGUUUAAAAAAGCAGUUACUUUAGCCCCCGAUGACCCAUCGGUUCGAGAUCAGUUUGGUAUGUUCCUGAGGUCACAGCGGCGACUACGGGAGUCUGCAGAGCAGCUUGUUCAAGCCGCGCGUCUGUCACCUACUGACAGCGUUCGUGCCGCGUCAGCAGCACGGGCCCUUAGAGACGCCCGACGUUGCCGUGCCGCAGAGCGUUGGUACGCCAGAGCAGUAGAAUUAAAUCCUGAUGACGCUGAAUACCACUCAAACCUAGGCGCAAUUUUGCAUCUAAACGGAAAAUAUACAGCAGCAGCAACGUCAUACCGCCGCGCCUUGCAGUUGAAGCCCAACGAUGAGAUAACUAUCACGAACCUGAAGAGGGUGAGAGCUCUGAUGAGCAACCAACGUAAAAAGUAAACACAUUUUGUGGAAAAUAGGAUGUCAAUUGCCAAAGUGUAGAUUUAAAGCUGAUUUAUGAAGUACCUUUUGUUUUAUUUAUGCUUUAAUCAAACGCAGUCAAACAUUAUUUGCGACAAUGGGUCAGUAUUGAUAUUAUAUCUAUCUAAUUUCUAUGUACCUACACUAUUGUAAUUAGGUAAUAUUUCGAUACCUCCCACGUAAGUUGUGGUAUGUUAGUGUCUAAUGUUUUUAACUUAAAACCGUCUAUUUAUUAUAUGUUGUACGCGUUCAAAAUGAAAAAAAGGCUUAAAAUACAAUUUCUAAGUUCUUAUGAAACGUAUAAUGUCAAGUUAGUCCACUUCCAUCUAAGACUGUAAGACUUACAACCAGAUGAGAUCGUAGUCGUAGCUAACUUGUAAUGGAAUAAAAAAAAAACAUACCUAUCAUAAGACGCCGCGGCGUAAAACAUCGUUUGGAGGUUUUACAACUAUUGAAAAAUUGCACUUUUGGAAAUACAACAACUUACCUGGGAGGUAUUGAAACAUUCUCCAGAAGACAACUGUCCUUUGACAAACUUACAAAUCGCUUCCCACAGAAAUCCGUAAGUGACGCACUGUGCACGAAGUUUUUGAUUUUUCAUUUGUAUGACGAUUUCAUUUUACGCAGUAAAACACAAAGUUUACAGGUUUCUUCGCUAUAUUUUUUUUUAUAACUUAGUUACGGAAAAGUUGACUAGGUUUAGAGAUUGCAUUAAGUUACGAAGCUAUCUCUGGAUCUUGUCGAAUAAGCAGUCUCUGUGCAGGUUUAAUUAAAGUUAUUUACAGAUAAAAGCUAAAAGGGGAAUAGGAACUCCGUCUGUAGUUUGUAUCUAUUUUAAUAGUGUAUAUCUCGCCUCUAACCUCCCUAGGGCUUAUAUUAAGCCCACGCGAUAUCCAACCCCUAAUAGAAAAACGACCAAAGAACCUGAAUUCCAGUAUAUUCAGUAUUAAAAUUGAAACUACACGCGAUAGGCACAGUUUUAUUUGCACGGCUUACCACAACGAUGACGUCAACUGUAUUUUAAAAUGUGUUUUUUUUGUUAUGUACUUUAUUUUUUGAUAUACCUACUUAAAAUAUUCAAUUUCAUAAAGCUACUUCUUUAACAUGUACCUUUUAGACCAAGGGAAAAUUGUAAUAACGUAUAGCCAUAUCGUGAUUAGUUAGUUCUUGACGAAAACAUUAUUUAUUGAUCGUGGAAUUCAUGUAUAAGUAGGUAGGUAGAGGAGCCUUAAUACUAAUUUUAUUAUACGAAAAAGAGACACAUUAGUGUUCAUUAUACCCACAAUGUUUAUAGAUUAUUGUUUAGCAACAGAUCCUAAGGUCAAAUCAUUUUUAUUUUCAACACAUUUGUUGGAUUACGAAAACAAUAGAACAGCACCUUCUGAACGUAAUGCUAAAAAUAUUAUAAAUGUAAUAUUAGUUAUACUUACCUACUUCUACCGCGGGCAUCCGUUAGUGAAGAACCAAUUGCCAAAUAAAGGUACCUUUCAGUAUAUUAUUUACCGUACAUAAAAUAGCUUUUGUAAAAUAAAAGUCAGGUCCUUAAGUAAAAUAUUGUAUUAAGAACCUAUAAAUAUAGUGUGUAAGUGUUAAGAAACUGUAUAUCAAAGAAGGAAUAAUUAGUUAUAACAUUAAAUAAUCUCCGUAAUUAAAUUAUUGAUGCACAAAGGGACUUUUUAAUUGUAUGCAUACUUUUGUCUUUAAUUGUAUUUGUAUAACUCGUGGUACUAAUUCUGAAUUUCAGCAAGGGUCUAUGAACAACGCUAUAGAAAGUAGUUAGAUUUGUAAAUAGAUAAUAUUAUAUUACGAAGUGACAUUUUAUACGCGUGCAAAUAAUGUAUUAUGGGGCAUAAUGAUCUUCCCUUUGUUUCAGAAACAGCGGGAACUUUUACUUGUUAUUAAUUUUUUUGUCUUCCAAUAUCGUUUCCUUGUCUAUAUUCAAAGGUUUAAUAAUAUUUAUGUAAAAGGCUAGUGUACAUUAUUUAUUGAAACUACGUGUGUUGCGCAAGUUGUAAAUAUAAAUUUACUUAAAUGAAAGUUUCCUGUUUACCUAUUAAUAGUAAAAUAGGAGUAAGAGUGACUAAAAUAAAAUCCAAAAAACGGCAAUAUUUUCAAUGGAUUUAUUACUUUUAGUCAUUACCUACUGUGAAACUGAUAUAAACAGUAUAUUUAUUGCAAUUUUUAGUUAAAUCAAGUCACAAGGAAUGGAUUUUAAUGCAACUUGCGCAAUUUUAAUACCUGCUAAUUGUCUUGUAUGUGUAUAAAAUAUUUAGAUGUAUAUUUUCUGCUGUCUUUAAACUGCUAUACAUUAUUAUAUUUUAUUAAUAUAAAUAUUAAAAUAUCAAUACUUUAAACAGUCGUAUAUUUAAGCUUUGAAAUCUGCAAUGCUCAGAUUUUAUUUUUCUUAUUCCUUUUUCUCAUUUAAAUAAAGUCGGAAACAUAUCUAUUUCAAGUAUUAGGUGAUGAACAGAAUGAUUGUUAAUUCGUGUUAAAAUUGUAAUAUAUAAAAUUGUUGUAAAUAAAUAUGACAUAAAAGUUAUUGUCAUACAUAGCUGGUAACUUAAAAUAACUGAGUCUUUAAUAAUUCUAUUUUGUCUCUUUCUUCUCACACCUGUGACAAUAAUUAUAAAUUACGCUUGUAGUAAUUAAAGAAUGCCAAAUAAAUUCAUUUUUUUCAGUUAGUUUGCUAUUCAGUUAUAUUGUGUUACUAUUUUUUUUACGUUACUGCGAGAGAAAAGUUUAUUUUUAUGAUUUUAUUUUAAAGUUAGGUACAUACGAAAAUAAUAAUACUGAACAUGAAUAAAAAAUAAUUUAUUACUAUGAUAUAAUUGAUUUAGAAUUAUGGGGUUUCUUUUAAUUUCAAACCUGCAUAAUAUAAUAUUAUGGUCAAUCACACCAUCAAAGUAAUAAACGACACUCACUGAAUUUGAAAGCUUAAGCUUUAAAAUGUUCAAAUUAUAGAGUAUUUCAAAAAAAUAGAACUUUCUCGACAUUAAUAUAAAGCAUAUUAGAUAACUUAUAGUUUAGAUAUUUUCCAAGACUAUUUAGUUUCUAUUGAACAACACAAGUUCAUUUGAAUUUUUUGAUAGGUAUAGUAAGUUUCGAGGGAUCGCUUGUUAGAUUAGUUCAUUGAUUCGCUAACGUUUCAAGCUUUUACUGUACCCUUAGCAUGACCGAGUCCCGUUCGCUGUUCUAAUCUGAGAGGGCGAUAUUACUCGUAUCUCCACAUUCAAGUUGUGAAGUAGAACAUACAGACACUUCCAAAUACAAGACAUGAGAGUUUCACUUUUACCUAUUGUAAAAUAUAAAUAUGUACAUUAUUAUGACCUGAGGUGGGACCGGGACUUGAAAUCACCUUGAAACACUGUCGUACGUUAAAUGACAAACUGAUAAGUGAGUUCAAGAUUGGCGGCUUAAGUACCACGAAAAAUUUUAUUGUCUCGGCGGCGUCAUGCUAAGGCUACAGACAAAUGUUUUAUUCUGACAAAGUUAGCAACUGCUGACUUGAUAUUUCUUUAUAAAUACUGUAAUUUUUCUAUACGAUUUCGAACUAUCAUGAUAGUAACUACGCCAGAAUUUUACUAAGCCACUUUGAAUUGAUCUGAUUAAUUGUUGUGAAUAAUUUUAGAUCAAAGAUAGAAAUAACUAUUGUUUAUUAAUAUAUACGAUAAUGUACUUCCGUGAAUUGAUUGAUUUAUCUAUCUAUAAUCUCUUAAGGUAGAUUUACAUAAUAUACUACGAACAAUUUAUCAAGGAAUUGUAACCACUAUUGUUUUUAUACUAGUUAUAAUAUGUAUGUUCAUGGUGUUAUGCAAGUAAAACUGCAAAUUCCCAAAGUGAUAUUAUAUGUUGGUAAUUUUGUAAAUAAAAGCUUCAAUAUUUUA